UGUGCUCUGCAGGCUGAGGGUCAGUGUGCAGUAGAGGGACAGACGGGAUAUUCUUCUGUUCUACAAUCAGCGCCUCCCAGUGUUUCUGCUCCUCACUAAUACUGAGACAUGAUUGGAGCAAAAAGAUUCGUCCUCAUUGGCUGCCUGUUACAAGGAGCCCUGGGCAAAGAGUGGGCGGUCUGGAUGCCUCAGAGUAUAGAAGCUCUGAGUGGAUCCUGUGUGCUGAUUCCCUGCAGUUUUGAGAUCCUAUCUGGAUAUGAUGACAAUCUGAGACAGGAUCCAUCUACAGUUCAUGGAAAAUGGUCAAAAGAUAAAACUAUAAUGUUUGAUUCCAGCAAAACUGCAUCUGUUGUGCAAGGAAAGAUCACCGGUGACAUGUUGCAGAAAAACUGCACUACAGUCCUGGAGAACAUUGCAAGGACUCACAGUGGUCAAUACUUCUUCAGAUUAGAAUGCAACAAUGGACUCAAAUUGACUUUUCAACAAAGUGUUCAAAUUAAAAUCAAAGACUCUCCACCCAAACCCAAGUUAACCCCAGAGAGGGUGGAGGUGAUGGAGGGGACCUCUGUGAAUUUGAGCUGCUCUGCUGUAGCACCCUGUCCCGAACUCCCCCCAAAUCUGACAUGGACCCCCAGGCUGAGUGACAGUGUGGAUCACCUGCAAGAGAAUGAGGAUCGAACCAAAUCAGUGUCUUCAGUUCUGACCUUCACUGCUUCCCACCUCCACCAUGGGCAGAAGAUCACCUGCAGGGCACUUUAUACACUGCAACAAGGAGACACUCAGAAGACAACUGAGGCCAGUAGGACUCUCAAAGUUCUAUAUGGUCCUAAGAACACCUCAGUGUCAGUCAGUCUCUCUGGAUCAGUGUUGGUGGGCAGCACUGUGACUCUGAGCUGCAGCAGUAAUGCCAACCCAGCAGUGAAAAAGUUCACCUGGUAUAAAGUGAAUGGGACAGAGAUGAACACUGUAGGAACUGGACAGAAUCUCACCUUCAAUGUGACUGAGUCCAGUGGCAGUGAACAGUACUACUGUGAAGCACAGAAUAAACAUGGAAAAGAGAAAUCAAAAACUGUACAACUGGAACUUGAUUAUCCUCCUAAGAACACCUCAGUGUCAGUCAGCCCCUCUGGUUCAGUGUUAGAGGGCAGCUCUGUGACUCUGACCUGCAGCAGUAAUGCCAACCCAGCAGUGCAGAACUACACCUGGUAUAAAGUGAAUGGGACAGAGAUGAACACUGUAGGAACUGGACAGAAUCUCACCUUCAAUGUGACUGAGUUCAGUGGCAGUGAACAGUACUGCUGUGAAGCACAGAAUGAACAUGGCAAGGAGAACUCAACAACUGUACAGCUGGAUGUGAUAUACAUGCCUCAGAUCUCUGGCUCUGGGAGCUGCAGCAGAACUGCAGCAGAGAUCAGCUGCUCCUGUGAGAGCCGUGGGAAUCCCUCUCCCAGCAUGGAGUGGCGUGUGUCUGGACUGCGGGUCACUAACUCUACUGACAGAGUCAUCAGGGAGGAGCAGCUGGGGAACACAGGCCUGAGGAGCUCCCUCACCAUGCGCCAAUCAGAGGGAGACACGCCCACUUUCCUCUGCGUCAGCACCAACACUCUCGGCUCCUCCAGCCUCCAGCUCCACCUCCCGUCUCCACAGCAACACUCCGGUUUUGGCAUUAUCUCACUGCUGAUUGCUGCAGCUGCCGGUGCUGGUGCCAUGAUGAUGAUAUGCCUCAUAAUGCAGCACAUUCUAAAGAAGAAGAGACACAGCCAGUGUUCUGGAAGUAGAAUGAAGGACAGCGAAGGGCUCAUACUGACAGAUGGGACGGCCGCUCAAGAUGAGGAAUCGAUCCACGCCAACAAGACCAUGCUGUCGGGCGCGAGUGCGGUGGAAAAGGGGGACGAGGGCGCCCUGCACUAUGCCACCGUGGAUUUCUCCAAACUUCACGGCACGGGUGGGGAACACGGAACGGGCAUCGUCCGGGGCACUUCCAAACAGACGUCCGACUACGCCAUGAUCCGACACAAAUCCAGGGAAGAGAGAGAAGGAGGAGAGGAAGAAGCUGAGGAGGCAAAGGAGGAGGUGGAGAAGGAGGGCCAGGCUGAGCUGGGCACAGAGAGGGAGUGGGCCAAGGCAAGGGGCGAGAAGGAGGAGGAGCCCACGGAGGAGGCCACCUACGGGAACAUCUGCCCCUCCAGGCCCACUAAGAGGGCACGGCAGGGACUGCAGCAGCCGCCCGGGAACCCUGCUGCAGAGGAGGAGCAGGAGGAGCAGCGCCAGGAGGAGAACUCAGCAGGAGGCCAGGAGAACAUGUACGUGGAUGCCAUGAGCCCCCUGAUGGAGGGUAACGGAAAGGGAACAGAGGAGUGUGAGUACGCCGUGGUCAGGAAGCCAAAAUAAGUCACCAUGGAGAUAGGCCAACUCAUCACACCACGCUGCACUCUCAUAAUGCCAGGUUUUACUUUACAGCACGGUACAUAACAUGCGUUAUGUUGCAGUACAGAUGUUACAUUACAGUGUCAUGCUGAAGUACAGUAACAUAUGGGGUACCAAAAUCAACAUAAAGCUAUUAUUUUACCAUGCAUUUUCUUCUGCAUUGAACUGAAAUAUCCCUAUUUCUCUCAGAUUUAAUAGAUAAAGUCUUACAUUUAUUGUCUUUAAAAUGACAGGUGUAAAUAUUUAAUGUGGUAUCCGAAAAUGAUAUAAAUGAGCUAAAUGUUUUAUUAAUAAGUGUUUUUUUACCUUUUGCUAAAUCUAUAACAAUUUAGCUAAAACAUUUAAUUAAAUUUAUGAGAUAUUUAGCUAAAGAUUUUGCUUAAUGUACAAAACAUUUUGUUAAAUGAAUAAAACAUUUAGCUAAAUAUUUAACUAAAUUUAAAAAAAACAUUUAGCAAAAUGAAUGAAACAUUAACUAAAUGUAUGAAACAUUCAGCUAAAUAUUUAGCUGAAUGUAUAACACCCUUUAAUGUACAAAACCUAUAGCUAAAUAUUUAACUAAAUGUAUAAAACAUUUAGCUAAACAUACAAGACUUUUAGCUGAAUGUAUAAAACAUGAAAUAUUUACUGACUAUUUGAAACAUUUAUAAUGGUAUAAAACAUUUUGCUAAAUGAAUGAAACCUUCACAGCCCGCCUUACAGUGGUUUACCAAAAGAAACAUUCACCUUAUUGUGGACAAAUUUUGGGAAGUUAAUUUUUGUGAUGACUAAACACAACUAACUUUUCGUCAAGAGGUUCCCAGAUGUGCCUCCGGUCUCUGGCUCUGGGUGUAACGGUGGUGGUGGUGGUGAACCCAAUAGCAUAGGAGACUUGGAUGGGGUUGCAAAAAAAGUAGUAGAGACUUUAAUCAGGAGAUUAGUGUACAGAAAACUAAGGGAGCUACUCCAGGAAAUACAAAAUACUCCAGGCUGUGAAUAACGCUCAGAGAGCACCCAAUCAGAAGCCAGCGCAGAGCAGCAGGCUAAUGGGCUCAAGACAGAGUGAGGAGCAAAGCAACUAAGGCAGAAUAAGUGUUGUGAUUUAUUAACUCUCGAUUCGCUAACAGGUGAACACACAAUCUCAUAAUCAGAGUGAUGGUUAUGUCGCCCUCUGGUGACCAGCAGGAGGAGGUGCAGCUUGAAUCCUCACAUUGGGAGAUGAGUUGUUCCUGUUGGGGCAGUGGGAAUCCUAGCAUGGAGCAGCCGAUACUUGUGUCUGUUUCUUAAUGUCUUUCUUCAGGUCAUCGCCGGAACGUGCAGCAACAAUGCCACGCUCAGGGUGUGCUCGCAUUGGUCAGCACUCCAAUAGUGAACAGAGAUGAACAUUGAACAUUGGCAUAUCCGCCAUUUCAAAAACCAGCCUCAGUGCCAUUUCACAGGCUUGCCAACUACUGAUUUUGAUGUUGUUAUGCUACACCCUUCCUAUGUUGUGGAGACCCCCCUACAAAUUAGCAUUAAAAAUUUAGACUUCCUUUGCACAAAACACUACUUCAUGUAAAUAAAACAGAUCCAGACCCUCAUUCUCUUGAUCAUUUUGAGGAUUGUGUACAUUUUACACUUUUUACUAUUAUAGAUGAAGAUUAUAGUUCUCCCUCAGAAAAGAUAAGGGAGCUAGCCUGGGGGAAAAAGUGCUAUAUCGAGUUAAUUCAUACAUUUCUCUAACUGUGUGGUCAUGUUUGCUGAAUAAAGUAUUUAAGUUGUUUAUUCGUUUUUCUUUUUUUGAUAAGCCAACUCAUUUCAGCAUUUAAUAAAAUGGAGGUAUGCCUAAAUAGUCUACAGUUUGCCUUGCAUCCUGUUUGCCUUGCAUGUUGUUAAAAUAAUGAAGACCAACCUGGAGAUCACUUGCUUCAAAUAAAUAAAAAAAUCAAAAACUGA